AGUCUUCAGUUGAAAGCGCGACUUCGAACGAAGCGGUUGUGUUUGUUUUUUGAUCCGGGCGAAAUCGAAACCCUCAGAUACAAAAUAUAGAGUUCGAGACCAGUAGGCGUGCUCCGUCCAAAGGACUGUGAAAAAUAAAUGUGCUAGAUUGUGUUGAUGGCAUGACUAUAGCAUAUCGUAUGCCAGAUAAUUUAUGCGAACCAAUUUGGUGCGGCUUUGAUGAGCGAGUGCUCUUGACUUUGUUUAGAGCCACUGCGAUUGCAACUGCAUUUCCAGCUUGUCUCUGACAUUUGAUCUUUGCAAAGAUCACAUCGCACUGAAUCACCUCGCAUUAUUGGAUAGUGGAUGUGUGAAGAGAGGUCCGCGACCAUAUGGAAUACAUUUUAGCACACCACCUACGGCGGCAAUUAGUUUGUACAAUUUGAAGAUACUCCCCCAAGCGACGCGGGCGAAGCUCUCCACGGUAUAAUACCCCCAAAUCCCCCCGGACGGAUCCCGAAAGAGAGAACAAUCGGCGAAAUGUUGGCGCAAACGCAAAUUAUCCCAACGCAUUCGCGACUUUUGACCCUGGCUUUGUUCUGCUCAGCUUUAUUUUUGGCCAGUGAGGCUCAGUCAACGAAUCCUGCCUCGGAGCUGAUGCAGAAGACAUCGUUCUCCUGCGCCGGACGUCCUGCCGGAUAUUAUGCGGAUGUGGACGGGUGCCAGGUGUACCACAUGUGCGAUGGCCUGGGUCGGCAGUUCAGCUACACCUGCCCAAACACCACACUCUUCCAGCAGCGGAUGCUCAUCUGCGACCACUGGUACAUGGUCAACUGUUCCAAGGCGGAGAGCAACUAUGCCGCCAAUCUGCUUAUUGGUCAGCGGGACAAGCCUUUUGUGAAUGAUGAGGAGAACAGCUUGCGUACUCCUAGACCCGAUCUUCUGGAUCGUCCCUAUGCGCCUGACUACUCCGGAGAGUCCUUCAGAAGUCAAUAUAAGCAGCUGACUUCCAACCAGAAUCAGAUUCGCGACGAAUCCUUGAAAGGAGUUGGUUCUGGAAAACUGGAUCCCCAAGUAUCACAAACGCGUUGGCGCAUCCCACCGCCCAGCCGAACGAUCCUGCCUCCAGCUUACGAGCCGCAAAUCGAGCUGCCAGCUCCGACGACCAAGUCCAGAAUAACCACUACCACCACCACAACCACUCGAGCGACUACCACCCCCCGACCAACCACCACCACUCGGGGAACCACUACAACUACCACCACGACGACGACCACUCGAAGACCCCCGGUGACUACCAGGCGCACAGAAGCCUUGCACAAUCGACGACCCCUUUUCCAGACAUUGGAGCAGGACACGGAUGACUUGGGGACCAGUCACAGCACACGGUAUAACACCUCAGCGGACUUCAACUCGGCGGAGUCUCCACUCCGAAAGCAGUCCAGCAGCACCAAGUUGACCAAGUUCAUCAAGCCGCCCUCGAAGAUCUACGAACCACCUUUCGUGUACCCCAUCUACAAUCUGGAGGAGCCGCAGUCCCCAGCAGGAGGAGUAAUCUCCUCCACGCUGCGCACAUCCACGGCGGCUCCUUUCAGUCCUGUUCCCAGUCGCUCCGACGGCAGCACCACCACAACUCCCAGGCCAUUGACUCGACCAACUACCGUGGCCGGAGUGCCCUUCUCCUUCGCCACUUUGCCCACUACGGUGAGCACGGUGGGAGUUCCUCCACGCAGUGAUCGGACUCCAGCUCCUGCCCAGAGUUUCCGCCUGGCCACGCCCACCAGCACUGCUGCCCCACCAGCCGCGGCACAGAUGCCUUUUAAUGAUUUGCUGCCUCCCUUUGUGGACUUUGUGCCCCACGACAUAGCCACUACUCAAGGACCACCCAUCUAUUACGAAUGGAAAGUGCCCUCGAAUGGCCUUGAGCCUCCCAAAUUGGACCCACCAAUUGGCGUGGAUGGCCGUGAGUAUCCCGAGACCAGCGGAGACUACGCGGUCACCAACAAGCAGGAUGUAUUCAACACCCGGUUAAAUGAUAUAGGAAGCCCAAAGAAGCCGGUGCAGGUUACCUCACCACUCCAGCAGUCGAGUACCAGCCACCGGCUGGCCAUCUCGAGAUCCAUCAAAGCCAAGGAGGAGGAGAAACUGCAGCCGGAACAGGCACAGCGACGCUCCGAUGUGGUGGCCAGCUCCACGGAUAUCAGUCAUCUGCGGAAGCAGCUGCUCAUCCCGGAGUACGCCUUCCCGCUGGAAACCAUCGGGCACGGGUACGGCGGAGGAGGAGCGGCGGCGGCGGGAGUUGGAAGCUCUGUUUCCAGCAGCGGGGACCUGUACAACUCGUUCCAGCUGAAGAUCCCCGAGCAGCGGGCCAAGUGGUUCGGCGAGAACCCCAAGUGCCCGGAGUGCCAUCCCUCGUUCGUCCUGCCGGGCACCUGCGAGCCCUGUCUGCGCAGGUAGUCCCAUGCCACAUCCACUCCUGAUCGCGUCCGUCCCAUCGCCCAUUAGACGCAUCCAUUAUCCGCAUCCGCAUCUGCAUUUGCUCCUAGCCCUAGUAUUAGCCUCUGCUGAGAAGCCCCGGAGAGAAGCAUCUACCACGCAUUUAAGUGUUAAUGUUAUUGUAUAUCCGCAGAUUAAUUAUUAAACUAUACAAGUAUCUUUGUGA